AUGUAUUCUUCAAGGGCUCUUUGCGCGAACUCCCCUGUCAACAAUAAUAAUGAACUGAUAAGGAAGGUCUUCGAUGAUGAUAUAUUUUGGAAGAAUUUCAAUAGACAAGAUGACCAGAAAACUCUUUCAUUUUUGAACUUUAACAAAAAGACUGGUUUAUUCAAAAAUUCAUAUUUGACUACACCUUCAGGAUUAAGAGAAUUUAGCAAGGCUUCUUUACAAAAGGCCAAAUCACUUGUUGAACAAAUGGUGAAUGAUCAAUCAGACCAAGGUUUGAAGGCAUAUAUUACAAAUUUGGAUAGGUUAAGUGAUGUGUUGUGUCGUGUGAUUGAUCUUGCAGAGUUUGUAAGAGUUGCUCAUCCAAAGAAGGCAUUUGUUAAUGCUGCUCAAGAUUGUCAUGAAGAGAUGUUUGAAUUCAUGAACAUUUUGAAUACAAAUGUUGACUUGUACCUUAUUUUGAAGAAGGUUUUAGAGAAUGAAAAAAUUGUGAAGAGUCUUUCUCACGAAGAAGUCACUGUUGGUAAAAUCUUGCUGGCAGAUUUUGAGAAGUCAGGUAUAAAUAUGGAUCCAGCUACAAGAAAUGAUUUCAUUGAAUAUUCUCAACAGAUUGCAGUUUUCGGACAACAUUUCACAAAUGGCCUUGGUGAGGCCAAUAAUGACUAUAUCGAAGUUCCAGUGGAAAAAUUACAAUAUUUGGAUAACACCAUCUUGAGUCAUUUGAGUACAGAUAUUAGAAGAGCUAACUAUAAAGUACCAACCUGGGGUUAUUUACCACAUGCAGUGCUUAGAUACUGUAAAGAUGAAGAUGUUCGAAAGAAGAUCUGGGUUGAAUUACAUAGCACAUCCCAAAGACAAGUUGAUUUAUUGGAAACUAUGUUGAAAUAUAGAGGUGUUUUAGCACAUAUUAUGAAAAAGCCAAAUUUCGCAGCUUAUCAAUUAGAUGAAAAAAUGGCUAAAAGUCCUGAACAUGUUAUGAAUUUUUUGGAAAAGUUAGCUGCAGAGACUAAACCACAUGCAAUUCAAGAAUUAAGAUUAUUGGCAAGUUUGAAACAAAAGGAAAAUGGUGACACUAGACGGUUAAGUGACCAUCAAGUUGCAGAAUAUUUCAAGCCAUGGGAUAGAGACUAUUAUUCUCAACAAUACACUACAAGUCAACGCUCAUCCACUACUGAACAGAUUAGCUCAUAUUUUUCAUUGGGUAUUGUUUUACAAGGUUUAUCUAAUUUGUUCAACUCCAUUUAUGGUAUUCAAUUGAUUCCAAGCCGUGUUCAAACAGGUGAAACGUGGUCGGAUGAUGUUCGUAGAUUAGAUGUUAUUAGUGAAGAAGAAGGUUUGAUUGGUGUUGUCUACUGUGAUUUAUUUCAAAGAAAGGGCAAAACUCCAAAUCCUGCACAUUUCACAGUUUGUUGUUCAAGAAAGAUUUAUCCAGAUGAAGAUGCUGAAGAAUUAAAAGUUGUUCAAACUGGGAAAUCUGCCAAAUCUGGCGAAGAAUUUCAACUACCUGUCAUUUCAUUAGUUUGUAACUUUGAUAAAAACUCAGCAAUUGGUAAAUGUUUAUUAUCAUUGAAUGAUGUUGAAACUCUAUUCCAUGAAAUGGGUCAUGCUAUGCAUUCAAUGUUGGGAAGAACUUCAUUACACAAUAUUAGUGGUACCAGAUGUGCUACUGAUUUUGUUGAAUUACCAAGUGUUUUGAUGGAGCAUUUUGCUAAGGAUCCAAGAGUUUUACAAACUUUUGCAAGACAUUAUUUAACAGAUGAACCUAUCCCAUUGCAAUUAUUGGAAACUUUCCAAAAAGAAAACAAUUUUUUGAAAAAUACUGAAUCUUAUUCACAAAUUAAAAUGGCAUUAUUAGAUCAAUCAUUACAUUCAAGUGGUGUAUUAACACCAGAUUUUGAUUCUACAGCUGUUUACCAUACUUUGGAAGAGAUUCAUGAAAUUCUAGCAGAUACUGAAUCUAACUGGCAAGGUAAAUUUGGUCACUUAUUUGGGUAUGGGGCAUCAUAUUAUUCAUAUUUAUUAGAUAGAGCUAUUGCAUCUAAAGUUUGGUUACAUUUAUUUGCAGAGAAUCCAUUAGAUAGAGCUAAAGGUGACAAGUUCAAGAAUGAAGUUUUAAAAUGGGGUGGAUCUAAAAGUCCAUGGCUCUGUGUUGCUGAUGCUUUAGAUAUGCCAGAGAUUAGUGCUGGUGAUUCAAAGGCAAUUGAAUUAAUUGGUGAGACUGAACUAUAA